GGUUCAGUUUGAGUUGGUUGGCCACUGAAAAUAGGAUAUUAGCCUAUCAUAUUGUCCCAGGUCACACAACAAACGUACAGGAAGAGAAGAUGGCAGCCAGAAAUGGAAAGAAUGGACUAUUGGAAAAAUGGAGGAUCGAUGAAAAACCUGUUAAGAUUGACAAAUGGGAUGGUGCAGCUGUGAAAAAUUCUCUCGAUGACGCGGCUAAGAAGGUCCUCUUGGAAAAGUAUGGAUACCUUGAAAACUUCAACCUUGUAGAUGGACGUCUAUCCAUUUGCACCGUUUCCUGCCUCUUUGCAAUUGUGGCUCUGAUUUGGGACUAUCUUCAUCCGUUCCCAGAAUCUAAGCCAGUUCUGGCAUGCUGUGUCAUAUCAUAUUUCAUCAUGAUGGGCAUUCUAACUCUUUACACCUCAUACCAAGAGAAAAACAUCUUCCUGGUUGCAGUUGAGAAAGACCCUGCUGGCAUGGACCCAGACCAUACCUGGCAGCUGUCUUCUAGCCUGAAAAGGUUUGAUGACCAGUACACGCUAAGGGUGUCCUUUACAGAUGGGAAAACCAGGCGCACACGGGAAACGGAGAUCACAAAGUCUGUUGGGGCUUUUUUUGAUGAGAAUGGAGUACUGGUCAUGGAUCAGUUUGAAAAGUCUGCCUCUAAGCUUCAUGACACAUUGGCUAUAGAUAAGAAAAUAAAGUAAUUAGAUCUGAUACCAGCCUCUUUGUUGUGUAGCAACAGGGGGGGGGGGGGGGCAACCAUUCUUUUUAAAGUCUGCACAACUGCAUUUAUGUUGCCCAUUCAUGUUGUAAUUUGGUAUAUGUAUUUUUUUAUAUCUACAACGAUUUGUUGAAGCUGUCUUGUCAUUCUGAAGUCCUAAGAAUGAUGGUAAAGGUGAGAUGUGCUUUGGGUUGUAAACAUGGAAGCUCUUUGGUAUUAAAUAGCUUAACCCAAGGCAGGUAAAUGUGGAUUGUCCUGAUAUUUCACCUAACAUUUUCUGUUGAUGGACACAAGGCCUUAUAAAUGUGGAAUAAAUAACUGGAUUUUCUUUAAAUUUAAGAAAAUGUAUCCCAAAAGCCUUAUAAAAUGUAAUUACCUAUUUAAAAUAUGAUUAUGUUCUAUUGAUUGUAUCAUUUAUGUUUCGUUAGGCCGUUGAGGGAACAAUAACCAUGGUCUAAGAAAGGGAUUUUAUGUUCAAUUAAAAUAUUUAUUUUAAGGCAGAUAGUUCUUUUUAUUUGAGAGUUUUAAUAGAACAGCAAACUUCACUCAGGAGUGCACAUUUAUGUCCCUCAAUGUUCUAUUGCAUUCAGUAUUGAACAUACAUUCUUGGUAAGGCUAUAUUUAUUUUAAGGGUAGAAGUUUGAGCAUACAGCACCAGGACACAUUUUUUAAUCUUUAGUAUUACUGUUAUAGACCUGUUACAUACCGAAUUUAGCUAAAUGUCUGUUAUUCAUACAAAUUUAAAAUAAAAUUAUAAUCCGUUUUUACAUA